AAAAAGAAAAUCUAUAUAAAAGCAUUUAAUUCAUCUUUGCUGUGACACGACGAGUGCAACGGAAUACGGAUCAAUUACGAGCUUAUUUUCUUCAAAACCUCUCAAUUUUAAAUUUAAUGCCUACGUCCUCCUAGCCCUCAAUCUUUGUUCUCGUAAUGCAACACAUGUUUCACAAAGUUAAAUCCUCGCUUAAUUCAUUUUAGUUUAUGAAUUUCAUUGUCCUAUCGAAUUCAUUUUUGCUUGUUUGAUAAACUUGUUUACGACUUCCAUUGUGUUCUUCUUGUGUUUUGUAAGUUUUUGUUUGUAUGUAUUUGGAUCAAUGUUUCGCUAUCAUUCUUUUUCGUAGCAAAACUAUAUCGAAAAAGUAUAAACCUUAAAUCCUAUUUGCAUCUACACCUACCAAAGGUACAUUUAUACAAUUGUGUAACUAUAAACUAUAUAAUGGAUAAUAAUUUUUUAAAAAAUCACAAAUAUAAUACAAGCUAUUAUGGUUUUUAUGACAUAAUUUAGGUGUUAUAGCAAAAUAUAUUUGCAGCAAAGUGAAUCAAUAAUAAAAAUAUUGAUCUAUCAAGAAAGAUUUUGAUAUAGAUUAGGUAUAUAUUUUAGUAUUUUGAAUGUAAUUGAUAUUUGGUAUUAUCCCAAUUAUUUAUUUAGGUUAUAUGAGUAUGUACUUUUUAGUUUUAGGUUGGGAGAUUAAAUUAGGCCACAACAGGAAAUGGCCGAAUAAAAACGAGAGAGAGGACGACGAACACCUUGACACUGUGAACAAAGGGAAUCCCAUUACCAAAUCGUUUGUAGACGAAGUAGGCGAGCGAUUCUGCUAUCAGCCAAAGGUCCAGGAUUAUAGAAAACUGCUUGACAAUGUCCGAAGAGCCCAGCUCCGGGCUUAGGCUCAAGAAGAAACUCAAACUUGCAGUUGGAAAAUCUAAGAGUUCGAAAAACUUUGAUAGAAGCACAGGAGAUAGUGUUGAAAAAGCUGUUCGGAAGGGAAAACUGAAGCCUGCGAUUCCUAACGUAAAAAGACACAGAGUAUAUGGUGGCGUAGAUAGUGAUACGAAGGUUACUUCAUUCACUGAUGUUUCGAAAUCCAAGAGGAAAUCUCUUUUUAGAAGACGACACGAUGAAGAAGUUUCUGGAAUGCCUUCAGUUUUGCCUUCUAAGACUUUCAACCGCUCUUUUAAAAAGCAAGAAUAUGGGGUAAGAAGUUCGAAAGUAUCAUAUGAAGAAAGGAAGAGUAGAGGGGAAAAAGACCACAAUGUGGAAUAUAUAAGGAAGUCACACUCGAAAAACACCAAAGAUUCGAUCAAGACAUUGAAUUAUACUGAGAAAAAAUUAUCGAAAGUAUUCUAUGAAAAAAGGAAGAGUAGAGGGGAAAAAGACCACAAUUUGGAAUACAUAAGGAAGAUGAGUACCGAAAACAUGAAGGAUUCGAUCAAGUCAUUGGAUUUUACUGAGAAAAAAUCUUGGGGUGUAACUCCUUCAGAUCCUGCCAAGAAAAGAAGUGAAAAUGGUGAUUCAGAGCUCCUAAUUGAUCAACCAAAAAGGAGGAAGCUGACAUUUCGUAGAAAUCCACACGAUCUCACUAAUAAGCGGCUGGAUGACGGGACAAUAACUGAUGAAAAUGUCAGACAGGAGAAAGCAAACACAGAGCAAAAGGAUAAGAUGUCAAAGAAUGCUGAGUUUCGAGCCAUACAACCUAGUAAAUCUAUCAUUUCAUUCGUAGAAGAGAAUUUAUUGGGCCGUAGGCGCAUGAUUGAGAUUGAAAGAGCAGGCUACAACACUGACCUCACUUCCCCUUUGGAUAAUAUCCCCUUUUCUAAAAGUGAUGAGAGAGAAAGAAUUGAAGAAAAUAUAUUCAGGAAUAAGUUGACCUUCUUUGCUGCUGCAAAAGUUUCAUCAUCUUUUCCACCUCCUGAUGUGCCAGAGAUUGCAUUUGCUGGAAGAUCAAAUGUUGGAAAGUCAUCACUGCUUAAUGCCCUUACAAGACAAUGGGGUGUUGUACGGACAUCUGACAAACCUGGUCUUACUCAGACCAUUAAUUUUUUUAAUCUGGGAUCAAAGCUAUCUUUGGUGGAUUUACCUGGAUAUGGCUUUGCUUAUGCAAAAGAGGAAGUUAAGGAUGCUUGGGAGGAGUUGGUAAAAGAAUAUGUUUCAAGAAGAGUUGGUCUUAGACGGGUAUGCUUACUUGUUGAUACAAAAUGGGGGUUGAAACCAAGGGAUCAAGAGCUCAUUGAUUUAAUGGAAAGAUCUCAAACGAAAUACCAAGUUGUAUUGACGAAGACCGAUACAGUCUUCCCAAUGGAUGUAGCACGUAGAGCAAUGCAAAUUGAAGAGAGACUCACGGGAAACAAGUCAAUUGUGCAACCUCUGAUGAUGGUUAGUUCCAAAUCAGGAGCUGGCAUCCGCAGUUUAAGAACGGUUUUGGCUAAAAUCGUUCGGUUUGCUAAAGUCUAGUCAACUUGGAAAUACAACGAAGUCCCUGCUGCAAUUUGGCUCAACUCAACAAAGUGAGUAAUACACAAUAUGGGCCAUAGCAUAAGCUGGAAGAAAUACGAGGCAUCGUCCCUUUUGGGUUACAAUUCAAAGAUGUGAAGGAGAAUAUUCCACAGGAUCAAAUGGGCUCAAAAGGGUCAAUCUUGUUUGCUUGCUAUGGCUGUUUUGGAAUAUUACCAACUGGUUUGCGGAGUUUUCACAAUCCCUAAACUUUUUCUAUUCGUCCUCUUUUUGCCCUAUGUAUAAGAUAGGUUUACAAUACCCAUCUAUACCAAGCCAGCAUUCAUCAAAUUUCAUGACUUUAGGUAGAAGAUUCGAACUAUGAGUUUCUUGGUCACUAACAAAUUUCGAUAUCUUGGUUAUUAGCAUACAUUGUUUUUAAACGGAAACAAGCCUCUAUAUUAAUGUUAAUGAGACUAAAGCUCGGAGUACAA